AUGAUCUCCUACAAUGCCCGCAACCAGAGAAUAGAAGCCUGGGUCAACGCGGCCGCCGAAGAAAGCGAGGAUGCCGCCCCCACUGAUCCCGAAGCCCGCGACCUGCAUGACCAGGAAAAGGCCCAGCGAAUCGAGCACGAGGAUCUGUGUCGCGACAAGAAGCAGACGUACAAGGGCGCGGUCUUAUUAUGGCUCGCCUGGCAAACUACCGGUGUUGUGUAUGGCGACAUUGGCACCAGUCCCCUUUAUGUUUUCAGUUCGACUUUUAGCGAGCAGCCGUCAUGGCACGACCUCGUGGGAGCUCUGUCGAUAAUCAUCUGGUCCCUCACCAUCAUCGUAACACUUAAAUAUUGUUUCAUCGUCCUGUCAGCCGACGACGAUGGUCAAGGAGGAACUUUUGCUCUCUACUCUCUCCUUGCUCGAUAUGCCAACAUUGCCCGCGUCGAUCCCAACGGCCCGGAAAGAAUUGUUGUGCGCCUCGAUCGUGAGACGGGCGCCGAACUCGCCCCCGCUGGGAGAAUGGCCCGGGAUUUUCUGGAACGUAGUCGGGUUGCACAAAGCGUCCUCAAGAUUGUUGGCGUCUUGGGCGUUUCCAUGGUUGUGGCCGACAGCAUUCUGACACCAGCUCAGUCCGUCUUGGGCGCCGUCCAAGGGAUUCAGGUUAUCAGACCUGAUCUGGGAAGACCGGCUAUCGUGGGGACCUCGUGCGGGAUUCUCAUUGCGCUUUUCUUGCUGCAGUUCAUUGGCACCUCCAAAAUCGGCACCUCUUUCGCUCCCGUCGUUGUUGUCUGGCUCCUCUACAACUUCUCCAUCAGCAUAUACAAUCUUGUCUUGUACGACCAUACCGUACUCAAGGCCUUCAGCCCACAUUAUGCGUUCAAAUACCUAAUACGAAACGAUUCUGAUGGAUGGAAGUCUCUUGGUGGAUUGCUUCUCGCUUUCACCGGCGUUGAAUCACUCUUUGCAGAUCUGGGUGCUUUUGGACAGCGAGCCAUCCAGCUUUCAUGGUUGUUCCUGGCAUUCCCGUGCUUGUUGAUCACAUAUUGUGGCCAGGCUGCUUAUAUUUCACAGGAUGAAACUGGGCUGGCCUUUACCAACCCAUUCUUUCGCACUGUUCCCGAAAGCACACUGUACUUCAGUAUCAUUAUUGCUGCACUCGCUGCUGUCGUCGCCAGCCAGGCCGUGAUCACCAGCUCUUUCCAACUCAUUUCUCAGUUGAUGAGGCUCAGCUACUUUCCUCACAUCAAGACUGUUCACACCAGCCGUCGAUUCCACGACCAGAUCUAUAUGCCACUGGCAAAUUGGCUACUCAUGACCGGUACUGUUGUGGUUACGGCGGUUUAUAACAAUACAACGAGCUUGGGUCAUGCUUAUGGCGCAUGUGUCAUUAUCGUUAGCUUCAUUACAACGUGCAUGGUGUCACUAGUGGCACUCAUCAUCUGGCGUGUCUCAUCAAUCGUUGUUCUCAUCGGGUUUCUCAUCUUCAUCCUGCUCGACAGCAUUUAUCUUAGUGCAGCAAUGAACAAGGUGCCCGACGGUGGUUGGUUUGCGCUGGUCCUGUCCGCCAUCCUUAGUUCAUUCGUCAUGCUUUGGCGAUGGGGAAAAGAACAGCAGUGGGAAGCAGAGCAAAGGGACAUGGUGGACCCGGCAGAGUUCCUCAUGUCCUCUCGGAGUACCUCGAGAAACAACUCAAUAGCAAGGGGAAUUCAAGGUGAAGGCUCCCUGCGCUCGACGAGGCUGAGGCUUUCACCAGAGUUUGGAGGCGGACAAGUAAUGGUCGCUCCAGGACUCGGAAUAUUCUUCGACAAAGUGGGCGGGAGUGGUGAUCACAUCCCCAAGGUAUUCUCGCAGUUCGUUCGAAAGUUCCAGACGAGGCCACAGGUGAUCGUCUUCUUCCACAUGCGCCCACUCUCUCAGCCUACGGUUCCAUCUGACCAACGGUUCGUCAUUGCGCGUGUUACAGCAAAAAUUCCUUCAUGCUAUCGUAUUGUUCUGCGACAUGGUUACAUGGAUGACGUUCUCACACCGAACUUGGCGCCUACGAUUGUUAACGAGUUGAUGACCUUUAUCACCCGAGGUCCUUUCCCACCUGAUGAGAAUGACAUGCCGCCAGAGUUUCGAGGAGAGCUUGAAGCGCUGCGGGCCGCCGAAGAAGCACAAACAGUUUAUCUCAUGGGCAAACAGACUAUGCGGGUGCAAAGGCCAGAAAAGAGGAGUAUUUCCAGUAUCAUACGCCGGGUAGCACUUGAAGCAUUCUUGUGGAUCCGGGAGAAUUCACGGACCAAGCUGGCCAAUUUGGAUAUCGACCCCGAUAGUCUGGUAGAGGUGGGCUUUGUGAAGGAAAUUUAA